AUGAAUCAAAACAAAUGUUUUACGAUCAACGAUCGAUUAAUCCUCACCGUGGAGAGUGCUUCUCAUCUUGCCAGCUCGGAUUUGAAUGGUUAUUCGGAUCCUUUUGUGGACAUUAUCUUGAACAAGUAUUUGGAGAGAAGAACAAAGAUUAUUAAAAAGAAUUUAAAUCCAAUUUGGAAUGACACUUUUGUGUUUUAUUAUAUGGUGAAUGAAAAAGGACCUGUGACUUUAGAUUUUGAAAUAUAUGAUUGGGAUCGAUUCACUCGUAACGAUUUUCUUGGACGAGCCACUCUUGCGUUGAAUCCAGAAACAACAGAGAGAGGGAAAAGUUAUUCGGUGGAGCUUCCUUUGAAAGAUGCAAAAUCAGGGUCUCUCAAAAUUCGAUAUAAGGUCGAAUGUUAUGAACCCAAUAAGGUAUUGUCUACGCCUGAAGUACCUUCUCUUUGGCCCGUGACAGAUUUCAAGUUUGUUACAGACCAGCCUUUCUCUCAAUUUUUCAGACCAUGUAUACCUAAGGAAUUCGUUUUAGUGUCUGGAGACACAUAUCCUUGCAAGGAAGAAUCAUUCAAUACAGUAUUCAUGAAUCCUCAGAGUGGAGAUGUCAUCUCAAUCACAUACCACCAUAUGGGGCCUCAUGUUUCGUUUGUGGAAGCUGAAAAGAAGUUAAUGGAUGAAUAUUUGAAGAGUUUGAAGGAUGGAGCUUUAAAAUCUCCCAAUGGAAUGUUUGAAAUCAUUUGUAGAGAUGAAGAUGUGACCCAUAAUUUUUCUAAAUGCCCAUUUACACAGGCAUUCGAGAGUCGAUGUUUAACGACCUCAGCAGGACAGCAUGUGAUAUGUGUCUGCUUGACCUGUGGCUAUGCUUGCCGAGUGUUGAUCAAUUAUGUGUGGAUUAGUCAUGGUUUUAUUCUACCUGAAAGCAAAUAUUCCACGUUACUACAAGUCGCAACAAGGUCUGAAGUUCAGGCAGAUAGCUCAAAUAUCGAAGAGCCACCAACAAUUUUACCUUAA